GUAAUCCUUAUAGAGAUAUGAAGGACAUUAAGCCCACUUGUCAUCUCAUUCGAGACUUUGAAGAAAUUUUUGGAUGUUCCAGUCUCGCUGAGAAAUUUGAUAUUGAAAUUAACUCUAGCAAUUACGUUGAUUCUCUUAAAGAUAAAGUCUAUGAAGUUAUCAAACAGAAAAAUAAUAUUUUUUUCGAUAUUAAGGCUGAUGACUUAAUGCUAUGGAAGGUACAAAUUCCUAAUAAUGAUGAAAAUGGAUUUUCAAGCCUUGAAUGA